AUGGCCAACGUUACUUCCGUCCACAACAACACUAAGUGGAACAUUAUCCCCACCUCUGAAGUCAGUCUCUGCGUAGAUCCGAAACACCCCAAUUCAUUGACACACUGGGUGCUCUCGCAUGAGCCUUCGUCAACCAAACUCUACCCAUGUUCCUACGCGGCGCCGGAAAAACUCCGGAAAGAUCUGAACAUCGCUUACUUUUUGAUUGAUCACGAAGAUCUGAUGACGGUUUAUGAAUUGGAAAAAGAAUUCUCGUACAAUACUUACCAGUACUGGGGAGACUCGUUCAGCUCAAUUCUCCAGUUCACUCAUAUGAUUGAUAUGGUUGGAAUGGUCGCCGAAAAGAGCAGAAGGAAGAAAAUGUAUCUCCGUACUAUUCCAGCAGUGCCAAUGGGUGACAACUCGCUCGGAGAGUCUCGGGUCUUUGUCGAAGAGAUUUCGGCGAUGAUUCCUAUUUUGAGAGAACAUCAGGGAAACUCGUUUGAGAAGCCAGAAGCUGUACAGCAGAAAAUCUCCAAUAGAUUCAACCCAGCCAACAACUCUGGUCUCAUCCAAACAAUUACACUCUCACAAUUGAAAAAUCUUCUCGAGGAAUACGAUAUCGACAAGUCCCUGCUUACUCUUGUCGAUGACCCAACUUAUCUCAUUGGAUGGAAAUCACUUGAGAAAACGGGAGCUCCAUUCAAAAUGCUCAGCCACUCGGGUGCUGCGAUCAUCAGCAAAGAACAGGGAACUUUGCACUUGUUUCAAUCACUGAUUUGCGGAGUGUAUUGGGAUGGAGUCCCCACGAAAGAGAAAGUACAAAUCGCCAAUAUCAUCCAUGCUUGUGCUACUCUGGGUCAAGGUAUUUACCUUUGGUACGAAGCAAUCGUGUCGUCCGUCAUCCAGAUCAGAAAAGCGUUCCGUCACAUCUACGCUGACCGAAAAGCCACUUUUGACGUGAUGUAUCACAAAGUAGCUCCAACUGAGAUUGUGCCAUACUCGGAGUACGAGGAGAUCACCAAACACUUCCAUCUCCCUCUCUACACCUUUUCGAAUUUCCAAGUCCCAAAUCUGGAGAUCUGGUCUCUCAGACCUCUGCUCAUCAUUGGAUGGAUCCAUAGCUUUGUGAAAGAUGACGCCCGCAUGAAGAUGUUUAUUCUCAGCUUUGCUAAAACUUCUAUCAGUGGACUUCUGCUUGCAAUUCCGGAAAACCGACGGACACUCAUUGCCGAUAUCACCAUGGACGCAGUUACUAUCAUGAACAAUCUAUUUGAUUCAAAAGAUGAAAAGGUGAAAGGAAAGACUGUGGAUUCUACUCAAAAGAAACACCAAUUCAAAAAAACCACCAAGAAAAACCACCAAUUGACUGCUGAUAUUGAUCAUGCUCAGGGCUAG